UGCAGCUGAACACACACACACACUGUUACUGCUCUCUGCAUGAGUCUGGAUUAUAAAUAUGUAUUUUGUGAUUUCUGCCAUGAAAGCUCAGAUUGAAAUCAUUCCCUGUAAGAUCUGUGGAGAUAAGUCAUCAGGGAUACACUACGGGGUGAUCACCUGCGAGGGCUGUAAGGGUUUCUUCAGGCGGAGUCAGCAGAGUAACGCCGCCUACUCGUGUCCUCGCCAGAAAAACUGUCUGAUCGACCGAACGAGCCGCAACCGCUGCCAACACUGCCGUCUGCAGAAAUGUCUGGCUUUGGGCAUGUCCCGAGACGCUGUGAAGUUUGGUCGCAUGUCCAAGAAGCAGCGGGACAGUUUGUACGCUGAAGUUCAGAAACAUCGCCUCCAGCAGCAGCAGCAGCAGGGACCCCUCCUUCUGUCCCACCCCAGCCUCAGCAGCCCGAACCCUAGCGAGACGGAGCCGCUCUCCCCUCACUUCGGCCUGACGGAGCUAUCAGAAGAGCUGGGAGGUUACGUGAAACACAACUCACCUGAAGGAGGAUCUGUAUCGUCCAAGGCGGACUCUGGAGGGGGAGGAGAAGGUCGGGGGUUCUACCUGGAUAUCCAGCCAUCCCCAGAUCAGUCCGGACUCGAUAUUAAUGGCAUCAAACCGGAGCCGUUGUGUGACAAUGGAUCCAGUAACGGCUUCUUCCCAUACUGCUCCUUCAGUGAAGGAGACACCUCACCCACAGUGUCCAUGGCUGAACUCGAUCAUCUGGUUCAGACCAUCUCAAAGUCUCACCUGGAGACGUGUCAGUACCUGAGGGAGGAGCUGCAGCAGAUGAGCUGGCAGAACUUCCCACAGGACGAGGUGGAGAGCUACCAGAGCAAGCCGCGGGAGGUGAUGUGGCAGCUGUGUGCCGUAAAGAUCACCGAGGCCAUACAGUACGUGGUGGAGUUCGCCAAACGUAUCGACGGCUUCAUGGAUCUCUGUCAAAAUGACCAGAUUGUUCUGCUGAAAGCCGGCUCUCUGGAGGUCGUCUUGGUCCGAAUGUGUCGGCUGUUUGACUCGCAGAACAACAGCGUCUACUUCGACGGGAAGUUUGCAGGUCCGGACGUCUUCAGGGCGCUCGGUUGUGACGACUUGAUCACAUCAGUGUUUGACUUUGCCAGCAGCAUGUGUUCUCUGCGUCUGUCGGAGGACGAGCUCGCCGUGUUCUCAGCGUUCCUCCUGCUCUCUGCAGACCGGUCAUGGCUGCAGGAGAAGCUGCAGGUGGAGAAGCUGCAGCAGAAGACUCAGCUGGCUCUGCAGCACGUCCUGCAGAAGAACCAGAGAGAGGACGGAGCGCUGAACAAGCUCAGAUGUAAGGUGUCAGCGUUGCGCUCCCUGUGCACCCGUCACACGGAGACGCUGUUGGCGUUCCGCGCCGUCUACCCCGACGUGGUGCGGACACACUUCCCCCCGCUCUAUAAGGAGCUGUUCGGGGCCGACCUCGAGCUGACGCUGCACGGCGCCGACUAAAACGCAGACUGGUUGUCUUGCAGGAUCGGGACGCACCGGGCCCCGGGCCCCGGGCCCCGGGCCGUCCAACGGCCACAAAGGACGGGGGUCAUGUGACUCACAGCGGGGACACUGAACAGGACGGAGAGAUUUGGAUUUCUCAAAGUUUGUCUUCUCUUCACCUCUUCCUCCUCUUCCUCUUCUCGCUGGCUCUGGCUUUUCGGGGCGCAGCGCUGGACUCGGGCGGUCUCCCUUCAACGUCUCGUGUCCCGGGACUUUUUUUUGAUCUGGAUUCCCCUCUGACACACUGAAACCUGCCUCUUGUUUGUCACAACCUUUUCUAACAGUUACUUCACACAGCGUGUUCUCAUCAACAAUUCGUACACAUAGCUACGAAAGAC